AUGCACACUCUACCCGUUCCCGCUGGCCCUCUCAUCAGCUUAGUGUUCUCAGAACCUUCACUGGUCCUGGGCAGCUUCAACACUCAAGGAGCCAAACACCAUCCUGCACAUGGCAACCCAUUUGACAGAUACCCCAUUCAGAACCACUCACUCACUCGCUCCACCACCGACACCCAGUGUCAGCAGUCCCUAUUGUCUCUGUCCAAUCUCACCCUGGACACAGGUCCCUGGUGUCUCAGUCCAAUCUCACCCUGGACACAGUUCCCUGGUGUCUCUAUCCAAUCUCACCCUGGACACAGGUCCCUGGUGUCUCAGUCCAAUCUCACCCUGGACACAGGUCCCUGGUGUCUCAGUGCAUCCUCACCCUGGACACAGGUCCCUGGUGUCUCAGUCCAUCCUCACCCUGGCCACAGGUCCCUGGUGUCUCUGUCCCAUCUCACCCUGGCCACAGGUCCCUGGUGUCUCUGUCCAUCCUCACCCUGGACACAGUUCCCUGGUGUCUCAGUCCAAUCACCCCCUGGACGCAGGUCCCUGGUGUCUGUGUUCAUUCUCACCCUGGACGCAGGUCCCUGGUGUCUCUGUGCAAUCUCACCCUGGACGCAGGUCCCUGGUGUCUCAGUCCAAUCUCACCCUGGGCACAGGUCCCUGGUGUCUCAGUCCAAUCUCACCCUGGACACAGGUCCCUGGUGUCUCUGUGCAACCUCACCCUGGACACAGGUCCCUGGUAUCUCAGUCCUGUCGCACCCUGGAGACAGGUCCCUAGUGUCUCAGUCCAAUCUCACCCUGGACACAGGUCCCUGGUGUCUCUGUCCAAUCUCACCCUGGACACAGGUCCCUAGUGUCUCUGUCCAAUCUCACCCUGGACACAGGUCUCUGUUGUCUCAGUCCAAUCUCACACUGGACACAGGUCCCUGGUGUCUCAGUCCAAUCUCACCCUGGACACAGGUCCCUGGUGUCUCAGUCCAUCCUCACCCUGGCCACAGGUCCCUGGUGUCUCUGUCCCAUCUCACCCUGGCCACAGGUCCCUGGUGUCUCUGUCCAUCCUCACCCUGGACACAGUUCCCUGGUGUCUCAGUCCAAUCACCCCCUGGACGCAGGUCCCUGGUGUCUGUGUUCAUUCUCACCCUGGACGCAGGUCCCUGGUGUCUCUGUGAAAUCUCACCCUGGACGCAGGUCCCUGGUGUCUCAGUCCAAUCUCACCCUGGACACAGGUCCCUGGUGUCUCAGUCCAAUCUCACCCUGGACACAGGUCCCUGGUGUCUCUGUGCAAUCUCACCCUGGACACAGGUCCCUGGUAUCUCAGUCCUGUCGCACCCUGGAGACAGGUCCCUAGUGUCUCUGUCCAAUCUCACCCUGGACACAGGUCCCUGGUGUCUCUGUCCAAUCUCACCCUGGACACAGGUCCCUGGUGUCUCUGUCCAAUCUCACCCUGGACACAGGUCUCUGUUUUCUCAGUCCAAUCUCACCCUGGACACAGGUCUCUGUUGACUCAGUCCAAUCUCACCCUGGACACAGGUCCCUGGUAUCUCUGUCCAAUCUCACCCUGGACACAGGUCCCUGGUGUGUCUGUCCAAUCUCACCCUGGACACAGGUCCCUGGUGUAUCUGUCCAAUCUCACCCUGGACACAGGACCCUGGUGUGUCUGUCCAAUCUCACCCUGGACACAGGUCCCUGGUGGCUCUGUGCAAUUUCACCCUGGACACAGGUCCCUGGUGUCUCAGUCCAAUUUCAC